GGAUAUUUGUACUGUACCUCUGCCCCCCCCCAACACCCUCGAUUGAAGCCGGUUCUUCUCUCUUUUCUCCCAAUUUUACUUCCUCCCCUGCAUCCUAAAAAUCAACGACACCCACUAGACCAGACCAAACCACAUCACAUCACAUCACAACCACCAUCGUCAUGUCUGCCGGCAAAACCUUCACUCUCAGCAACGGCGUCAAGAUCCCCGCCGUGGGUUUUGGUACCUUCGCCAGCGAGGGAUCCAAAGGUGAGACCUACCAGGCCGUCACUGCCGCUCUCAACAUCGGCUACCGUCACCUCGACUGCGCCUGGUUCUACCUGAACGAGGAUGAGGUCGGUGAGGCGCUCAAGGACUUCCUCAAGGCCAACCCCUCGGUCAAGCGCGAGGACAUCUUCAUCUGCACCAAGGUCUGGAACCACCUUCACCGCCCGGAGGACGUGGAGUGGUCGGUCAAGAACUCUCUCGAAAAGCUGCAGCUCGACUACAUUGACUUGUUCCUGGUUCACUGGCCCAUUGCCGCCGAGAAGGAGACUCAGGAGAAGCCCAAGAUCGGUCCUGAUGGAAAGUACGUCAUUCUCAAGGACCUGACCGAGAACCCCGAGCCCACCUGGCGGGCGAUGGAGAAGAUCUACAAGGAGGGCAAGGUCAAGGCCAUCGGUGUCUCCAACUGGACCAUCGAGGGGCUCGAGAAGCUGCUCAAGUACGCCGAGGUCAAGCCCCACGUCAACCAGAUCGAGAUCCACCCCUUCCUGCCCAACGAGGAGCUGGUGCAGUACUGCUUCGACCACGACAUCCUGCCCGAGGCCUACUCGCCGCUGGGCUCGCAGAACCAGGUGCCCACGACGGGUGAGCGCGUCAGCGAGAACAAGACCCUCAACGAGAUCGCCCAGAAGGGCGGCAACACCCUGGCCCAGGUGCUGAUCGCCUGGGGCAUCCGCCGCGGCUACGUCGUCCUGCCCAAGAGCUCCAACCCCGCCCGCAUCGAGAGCAACUUCAAGUCGAUUGAGCUGUCCGACGAGGACUUCGAGGCGGUCAACAACGUCGCCAAGGGCCGCCACUUCCGCUUUGUGAACAUGAAGGAUACCUUUGGGUAUGACGUGUGGCCCGAGGAGACGGCUAAGAACCUGUCUGCUUAAGCUACGGAUGGAGUGGGCUGUUUUAAUGGAUUUAUGCGGGACAUAAGACAUUCAUAAAAAAAAAAGCACACAUACCAAAGCCAUGACGGGAAUGAGUUUACUUCUUUUCUAUAUCUAGCUAGACGAUACAGAAUUUAUGACCCUUUCUACAUUCAA